AUGCCUGCGGCACAGGAGCCGGGAGGCAGCUCGAGGAGCGCCGAGCACGGCCAGGGGGAGCAAGACGAUGCCGGCUGUGAGCAGCACUUGGAGAGGAGAAGCCUUGUCCUGCAGUUCCUGCACUCCACCCUCAACCUCCACCACCUCCAGAGCCACCAGAGGAAGGUCGAGCUCCUGCAGAAGUGCUACUUCUACUUGGAGGUGGAGCCCAAGUACAUGGCGGUGAGGGAGCGGCAGGAGGACACGCACUUCGUCGACAUCUUCGAGCUGAUCGACCCCUGGCAGUUCCAGAGGAUGAAGGAGGUGGGGAAGAACCAGAUCAGGAUCCAGCUGGCGCUGCUGAGCAGGCUGCUGGAGCAGCUGGAGCGCGGCCGGAGGGAGCUGAGGGCUUACGCCGAGAGCCGCGACGCCAGCCCCUUCCUGGCGCGCUGGGACCUGCUGCUGCAGAGGAUGUCCGCCCUGGCCCGGGCCGUGGAGCAGCUGGUGGCCCUGCAGACCCCCCAGAGGGUCCACGUCAGGCACUGCCUGGUGUCCCCCCUGGAGGCGCAGCGCCGCGGCGCCGCCCUGCCCGACAUCAGGCUCUCCCUCGCCGCCAAGCCGCCGCUGCUCUUCGACAGGGAGGCCUCGGUGGCAGACCUCAGGUGGGUCAGGCUGAAGUGGUCCAGCCAGGACCCCGAGGCCUACCCCCAGCAGUACGAAGUCUACGUGAAGCUGCUGACCGAGGGCCUGGAGAGAGGCUUCAGCAGGAUGCAGCUGGUCAGCAGCGACAGCUGCGUGGUGCAGGGGCUGGAGCCCGGCCGGCUCUACGAGUUCACCGUCCUGCGGCCGGCCACCCAGAGCCUCGUCUUCCAGAGCUGGCACGACACCAUCACGCUCAGGACGGGCACCUAG